CUCGGAGCUUCUACAUAGGGCGUAGGAAAAGCAAGCAUUCCCUGAACCGAUCCCAUUACUUAUUAGACCACCACGCGCUUCUUUCCAAAUAAACAUAAAUCGUUCACUGGCGUCAUCCAUCUUUAAUCACACCUCUUCUUUUUUCUCAACUCUGUCCUCUCAUUUCUAACCAUGGCACCCCCAUCCGCAACGAACACAGAGUCCAAUGGCUCUUCCAUAAAGCCAACGGCCGCCGCCCCUCACGAGCCGGGCCUGAGCGAGAAAAAGGUAAAAGACAAGAUCACCACCUCCCAUUGGCCACGCGCCCCCAAGUUCGACGACCCGUAUAAGGAGCGCGCAUACCUUAAAGGCCGCCUCGCCGCCGCGUUCCGGAUCUUCGGGAAAUAUGGCUUCGACGAGGGCGUUGCGGGACAUAUCACCAUGCGCGAUCCCGUCAACCCCGAAACCUUCUGGGUCAACCCCUUCGGCGUCGCCUUCAGCCUCAUCAAAGCCUCCGACCUGAUCCUCGUCAGCGAAGAGGGCGAGAUCCUCGAGGGCGGGCCGGUGCGGCUGCUCAACACGGCGGCGUAUAUGAUCCAUUCCGCGAUCCACAAGGCGCGGCCGGAUGUGAACGCUGCGGCGCAUAGCCAUAGUAUAUAUGGGCGGAGUUUCUGCUCGCUAGGGCGGAAGCUGGAUACUAUCACGCAAGACUCGUGCGCUUUUCAUAAUGACCACGUCCUCUACGACUCCUUCAACGGCAUCGUGCUCGUCGAAGAAGAGGGGAAGAACAUCGCCAAAGCGCUCGGGAACAACAAGGCCGCGCUGCUGCAGAACCACGGGCUGCUAACCGUGGGCGGCACUGUGGAAGAGACUGUGUUUUGGUUCGUGAGCAUGGAGAAAUGCUGCCAUGCGCAGCUGAUGGCGGAUGCGGCGGCAAAGGGGAGGGGAGGCGAGACGGUGAAGAUUCAUGAGGAGGAUGCGAAGUUCACGUACGAGGCGAUUGGGACGCCCAAGGCGGGCUAUUUCAGUGCGAAGCCGAUGUUUGAUGUGAUACAUAAGGAGACGGGUGGGGACUACCUGGAAUAGGGAUGUACUGCAAGAGAUGGUUAGAGCGAUAGUCGGAUAGCGGUAAUGCUAUGUCAGGUCUAAUAGAUGAGUUUCAUGGAUGCUGGCCUGGUUCUCGGAAGUUUCUCAGAACUGGGUGUCAAGAUAGUGACAGGACGCAGCUUUGCAUGCCAAGCCACCAAAAGAAAAUCCGCUCUUAAAUAUCAGCAGGCAGUUGAUGAAAACUUCCAGAGCGCUAAUGGAGCACAUAAAAACACCUUCAACAUGGAAUAGCUAUGCGAAAUAGAAGGUUCGAAAUCUUGAAAUGUCGGUAU